AUGGACGCUCAAGCAGAUGUAGCCAUGAAAUUCAAGAAAAUCGGCAUUGUUGGCGCAGGGAACAUGGGGUCCAUGAUGGGAUUCGCCUUUUCCGAACUUGGCCGUGACGUCUCGAUUUGGGAUGUCAAGAGUGCCAACAUUUAUGGCUUCAUGAAGCAGGUCAGCCAGUGCAAGGGAUUCAAAGGCAAGAUCACCGGCUUUUACGACAUGUCAGAGUUCGCCGCAAACUUGGGAGAGCGCGACGACCCAAAGGUCUUUAUCAUUUCCAUCACGCACGGCGACCCGACGGAUCAAGCCUUGAGCAAACUCAGGCCUGAGCUGAACGAGGGUGACAUCAUUAUGGACGGCGGCAAUGAGCACUAUCGAAAUACGAAGAGGAGGCAAAAGGAAUGCAGAGACAUUGGCGUGGACUGGAUCGGGAUGGGAAUUUCGGGCGGCUAUCAGUCGGCGCGCCACGGGCCAAGCCUCUCGCCAGGAGGAGAUAAUACUGCGUUGGAGGAAGUCAUGCCGCUGCUGGAACUCUAUGCGGCCAAAGACCCCAAAUCAGGCGUGCCGUGCGUAUCGAGCAUUGGACCGGGCGGCUCUGGUCAUUUUGUAAAGAUGGUGCACAACGGCAUCGAGGUCGGCAUGCUUUCUGCCCUCUGCGAGGCCUGGAGUUUCCUCAACACCGGCAUGGGGCUCGACUACCAUCAGAUUGGACAAGCAUUCCAGCAGUGGAACAAUGAAGGGGAACUGCAUGGCACUUUUCUUGUCAAGAUUGCCGCAGAUGCUUGCAAGGCAAGAAAACAUGACGGCGGCUACGUCCUCGACGACGUGCUCGACAAGGUCGUGCAAGACGGCGAUGCUUCGGAGGGAACGCCAAUCAUGGUCAAUCGCAGAAUCCGCCUCGAGGCACAUAUCGUGCCCGACACUCGCCGCAGGACUUUUUUUCCGCACUGCUUCGGGGAAUCGCCAAGAACGGCUCAAGGUCGCCCAGAGCGUCGCCAUGCCCCCGCCAAGGUCCUUUCAAGACAUGAUGGACAAGGACAAGAUGGUCCAAGACCUUCGCAGGGCCGCUGGAAUAUCCGUCUGUCCGGAUGCAUUCGAAUCUGGCGCGCGGGGUGCAUUAUACAGUCAGAGUUCAUCGCCGACAUGCUGGAGCCGUUCCUCAACAUGAACAAGACGCCUACAAAUGCCAAACUCGACAGCCGCGUCGGGCGGGAACUGCAGCGCAACUAUGGCGUACUCAAGGAUAUCGUCUCUCGGGGGCUUGCGUACGACGACUACAUACCUGCCCUCUCCGCAACGCUCGAGUAUAUGAAGUGCAGCGGCGGGACGAUGCUGCCGACGAGAUUUGUGGAAGCUCAGAUGGAUUAUUUCGGGGCUCACUCAUAUGACAAGCCUGGUGUGCCAGGCGAAGACCCUGGGCCGGUAGCAAAAGGCGCACAUGACUACGAGUGGAAGCCUGCUUAG